CGUUCCGCUACCGGUCUCGCUGCCCGCCACCUCUGCCACCAUGCCGAUGUUCGCCAUCCAGACCAAUGUCUGCAAGGACGCCGUACCCGAGAGCCUGCUGGGUGACCUCACUCAGCAGCUGGCCAAGGCCACCGGCAAGCCCGCGCAGUACAUAGCUGUGCACAUCAUACCUGAUCAGAUGAUGUCCUUUGGGGGCUCCACCGAUCCCUGCGCGCUCUGCAGCCUUUACAGCAUCGGCAAGAUAGGAGGGCAGCAGAACAAGACUUACACCAAGCUCCUGUGUGAUCUGAUCUCCAAGCACUUGCAUGUAUCUGCAGACCGGGUGUACAUCAACUACUUUGACAUGAACGCUGCCAAUGUAGGCUGGAAUGGCUCCACCUUUGCAUAGAGCACUCCUGACACCUGAAGAGGCUGCUCCUGGACCUGCUCUCACCCUGCCCCUUUAGCAGAGACCACCACACAAAUGGCCCUCUGUUGCGUUUUGUGCACUCUUGAGAUCGAUGGCUCCUUGUUAGUGUGUUUAAAUAUUGCUGCUUCAACAUUCCUCUGUUUUCUCCGUGUAGAAAACAAAUAAAGAUUUAGAAGUAA